AUGACGGUAAUCAUUUUUUGCCAAAAAUUUUCAUCCCCAGCCUCAUCUUCUGCUAGUUCUCCCAUGCCUAAGUAUAGAGAGGACAGUUCAGAUAUAGCACCAGACUCUAAAUCCCAAGGCAUUUUUAAUAGUGGUCGCACCGACCCUGAGUCCAAGAGAUGUGGUAAGAACCACAAGGGUGAGUGUAUGUCUAGCAGUGAUGCAUCUUUUAGGAGUGGCAAGUCAGGUCGCAGAAAUAGAGAGUGUCCAGCAGCUGGCCAGAAGGGUAAAUAUUUAUGCCAGGGGCUCGGUCCAAUUCCUCUUCAGCUUCAGCAGGACUUUUGUGGUGUAUUCCAAGAACCAGAAGCUCUGGAGAACCAUUAUUACUAUUUAAUCUGGUACCGUAACAAAUUGGAAGAACGGCAGACCAGCAGGAGGCUGACAGGUCUUAUAAUGGCGCCCAAAGGAAAAAACCCAAAAUCUACAAAGAAAGAGACCAAGGAAAGUGUACCUCGGAGACUCUUCGAUGAGGGCUCUAAUUGUAAGGAGGAGGAACCACUGCUCAGGAAACAAAAGAAAAAGAAAAGCCCGAAAAAGAUUUCACCACCUCCACCAAUUGAGGUGGAGGAGAGUGAAGAGAGUGAUACUAAGCCAACAACAUCUGAACAUACAGCUUCUGAACAGACGACCUCUGAGCAACAAGAGUCUGAAUAUGCUGAAUCUAAAGAGCAUGAUUAA